AUGUUUUACCUCUUAACAGAUGGGGGGAGCCUCGGCCUCGUCGAUUGCCAGUCCCGUCCAUACAUUGUCCUCACUCGUCCUGGCGCCAAACAAGAAGCCGUUCAGGAAAUUAAGAGCAUCCUCGUAAAGAACGUCGUCCCUGACUCCCUCACAUGGAUCACCAGCGCCCGCACUGGCCUAGAGGUUCUCUUCCAAGCGAGUAUCACCUCCCAGCAGGCCGGCGCUCUCGCGAUACUUACUGGUGUGAACUUGGCCUCCAACUUGAACGGUUUCUACAAAACAAGAUAA